UUGAGAUGUUGACGUCAUUUACAGUCGACGGGACCUUAAGAAACUCGGGGCAGCCGCUUAUAGCCAAACACCACCAACACACAGACAGACCGGAGCAAACGAGAUGGCUAACCAAAAAAACUUACUUGCUGUCAAAGUGACGCUUUUGCUUUUCUGUACGUUAAUAUCAGUGUGCGUCCCGACUGGAGCAUCACCUGAAAACACAAAAACGGUGGAGUUUAACGUGAAACCUGGAGGAAUGGUGCACACCUUCACGGAAGGGAUCAGGGAGUACGAGUGCACGUUCACUUACGCCUCACAAGGGGGAACCAAUGAGCAAUGGUUGAUGAGCGUGGGCCUGAGUGAUGAUGACAAACUGUUUUCUUGCUCUUUGUGGAGGCCUCAGGGGAAAUCAUACCUGUUUUUUACUCAGUUCAAAGCUGAGCUGAAGGGAACCAAAAUCGAAUAUGCUAAUGCAUAUUCUCAGACAGCAGCAGGAGGACAGAGUGACGUACCUUUGAAACCAGAGGAAUUUAUCGUAGGAGAAUCAACAGUGACCCACAAUGAAGGAAAGUUCAGCGCUCAGCUCUCCAAACUGACCGCCAUUGGACGGACACGACACGACGAGCUGUGAUUGGCCAGAAGUUUGUCGGCACCUCAGUGAACUGUGUGCAUCGGCUGUUUAAAUCAUCGAAUGAUGCGCUUCUUCCUGAGGGACGACCAAAACUGAAGUGGGAUGAUGAUGUUUUUGUGCAAAGACUGAUUUUCUUAUACUUUCUUAUAGUAUAUUUACUCUGCUUUAGAAUACAUGUGGAGGGAAAGAACAACCACAACAAAAAACUACAGCGAAGCAGAUUUUAGUCUUGGAUAUUAAAAAAAAACUAAAAUCUGCCAUGAGUUCUUUUUAUUUUCUGAGGCUUUAGGAAAAUAAUUCUGCUCUGAUCCAUUGGGUACGUACAUGGACGUAUGGAGGAUUGGUGUUCAGUGUAGAUGGCACAUUUAGACUAGCAGGGGAUUUGUGAGUCUUGUGUAAUCCUGAGAGGAAAGUGAGUAAUCCUCAAUAUCAUUGCGGCGCACACACAAACAAGUUCCCGGUUGUCGUUCUGAUGUGUGCUGCUGUUGAAAGAAGCACCUCAGCACUGGUCUUCAUCUCUUUCCGUUCAUCUACAUCUGUUCAGGAUAACUGUAAGCACCACAUCUGAUCCCCUUCGACCUCCUCUUCAGAUUACUUUUUGUUUUGUGGAUUUUUUUUUUUUUGUUUGUUUGUUGUUGCCAGAAGCUAUAUUUGUAACGGAUCAGAUAGGAGCUUCUUUGGGGGAUUUUGAAUGUUACGGUGUAAAUGCUCACAAAAAAUGUCUUUAUAAUUGAAAACAUUAGUUUUAGCUUUCAUCAGUAGAUUCAACUCAAUACAC